UGUUAUAUGCCCUUUUUUGUUUGAGUUUGAUCAUGAAUUCAAGAUUAAGCAUUGCCUAAACGUUGACCAACGUAGGAAGAUUCCCUCCCUUGUCUAUACGUUGUGAGAUAGAUGAUGAGACCUCUCUAGCAGCGAAUUUAUACGCGCUAGAUAACACCCCGUUUAAUUCGGUCCUGUUGGGACUCGAACCCGGGUGGGCUGGCUGCGCACUCGCAAGCCUUGCCACUGAGCUAGCACUCAGUUCUCAGAUUAAGCAAUGCCUCGUUAUGCUUAAUUUAAAUGUUAUGGCACUUCAUACAAGCCAUACAAUUAAUUGUUGCAUUGACCUUCUGCGAUGUCGAAGGCACUAUCUGAGUCAUGCUUAAAUCAAUCAUACAUUAUUUUCCUAAUAGUAUCAAAUCCAACAUGCACAUCUUUUGACUGUAUUUGGCUAUUUGCUAGAUUUCUUCUGUGCAGUGACCUGGCUUCGUUAUUGGGCACAUGAUGUCUAGUUGCUUGGUUCAUUGUAUACAUCAUCGCCAUGAUCUAGUUUGGUUUGUUCUAAGAGGCAUGUGGCUUAACUGGUUUCUUUGUUGUAUCUGCCCAUGGUUCUUUCAAAAUUAUGUCAACAAUGCUGUUUGUUUGCCUUGUAUUGUAUUGCAUUUUAACUUGUUUUGUCUUAGUUUCAGCCUGCAAACAAAGCUGUAAUGUCAGUAGGGACAACCCAUUUAUCAAGUGUUGCGGUCAUUUCACAGAGCAACAGUGACAGUGGCACGUGCUCUCAUUGGUCCACUGAGUCCGGUACACCAACCAUUCCAGAAGAAAUAGAUGCUUCAAAUAAAGCUACAAUGCCAGAAGCAAGGGCCAAUGCCUCAAGUAUUGAUGUUUCACAAAGCAGCAGUGAGAGUGCAUAUUGCUCGCAUAGGCCCAUGGUAUCUAUUGGUCAACUUAAUCCGGCACAAAGAGAUUUCGGGGAUGCACUCCAAGAGGCAGUUGAUAUAUUUGGGCGGGAAAACAAAGAUGCUGAUGAAUUAAUUGCCAAGACACGCCAAGAGAUACAUGAAUUGAAAAAUAGGCAAACUUUGACAGAAAAUGUUCUAAAGAAUCUCCUAUGCACUUUUCAUGGUAAGCCAGUUGUGAUGUGUCUGGGAAUUGAAGGUGUCUAAAUAAACUUUGAUUCUGUUGUUCAGUCAAGUGGACUGCUGAUGCCAAUGCUGUAACUAAUUACUGCUCAAAAUUUCGUUCAAAAUUUCGUGGUCUGUAAUAAUUGCAAAUUUUGUUGUU